CUUUCUCUGUUUACAUUGUUGAGAAGCAGAAUUUUUGAGCUGUAGGUUUAGUGAAAAUAGCGACCGGCGACACUGCUACAUCACCAGUAGUUGAAACCCUGCGUUGAAACAAAAAUGGCUGAGGAAGAGAUGGAAGAAAUAAAGUCGUUCAAAGGUUUAGGCUUAUGCGAUGAGUUAGUGGAAGCCUCCGACAGUUUAGGUUGGAAAGCCCCUACCAAAAUCCAAGUAGAAGCCAUUCCCCACGCUCUCGAAGGGAAGGAUUUGAUUGGGCUUGCCCAAACGGGUUCGGGUAAAACAGGGGCGUUUGCUCUUCCAAUACUGCACGCGCUUUUGGAAUGCCAUUCGAAGCAAGAAUAUAAAUCUGCACCUGUAUUUUUUGCUUUGGUGCUUUCCCCGACACGGGAGCUUGCAAUUCAAAUAGCUGAACAAUUUGAAGCUUUAGGAUCUGGGAUUAGCCUAAGAUGUGCUGUGGUAAGUUUCCCGUCAACAUGUACCCCAUUGUUAGCAACUUGUUGGAGGGGGGACCUGAUGCAACAACAAAUUGCCCUUGGGAAGCGGCCACACAUUAUUGUUGGAACGCCUGGACGCCUCGUGGAUCACCUAACCAAUACUAAAGGUUUUUCUCUACGCAUGCUAAAAUAUUUGGUCUUGGAUGAAGCAGAUAGGUUGCUGAAUGAGGAUUUUGAGAAAGCACUUGAUGAUAUAUUGAAUGUUAUACCUCGGGAUAGGCACACGUAUUUGUUUUCUGCAACCAUGACCAAAAAGGUGAAGAAGCUGCAAAGGGCAUGUCUGAGAAAUCCUGUGAAGAUUGAAGCAGCCUCGAAAUAUUCAACUGUUGACACAUUGAAGCAACAAUAUCGCUUUGUACCUGCAAAGUACAAGGACUGCUAUCUUGUUUAUAUUUUGACUGAGAUGUCAGGAUGUACAUCUAUGGUUUUCACUCGAACAUGUGAUGCAACUCGCCUUUUGUCUUUUAUUCUUCGGAAUCUUAAUAUAAGGGCCAUUCCCAUUAGUGGUCAGAUGACUCAGUCAAAGAGGCUAGGAGCCUUGAAUAAGUUCAAGUCUGGGGAAUGUAAUGUUCUUGUCUGCACUGAUGUGGCUAGUAGAGGACUUGACAUUCCAUCUGUGGAUAUGGUUAUUAAUUAUGAUAUCCCUAUGAACUCUAAGGAUUACAUCCAUCGAGUGGGUAGAACAGCUCGUGCCGGAAGAUCUGGUGUUGCUAUCUCACUAGUGAAUCAAUAUGAGCUGGAGUGGUAUCUGCAGAUAGAAAAGCUUAUUGGCAAAAAGUUACCUGAGUACCCUGCUCAAGAAGAGGUAGUCUUGCAAAUCUUAGAAAGUGUGACUGAAGCCAGACUGUCGCAGAUGAAACUUAAAGAAAUUGGAGGCACAAAAAGGAGGAAGGGCGGAAAUGAUGAGGAGGAGGAGGAGGAUAUACAGAGAUAUCUGGGGGUCAAAGGCAAGUCCUCAAAGAAAGUUAAGAGAAGAUGAGAUUGCCUGCUUGUAAUGUUUUUUGUCUCUGUUUACUUGUUUCUGGCUUCCGACUAAUUUGUUGGGUUCAGGAUAUGAAAUUAGCUUUU